ACUUGAAAAGCCUUCUCCUUUAUCCACUCGUUCGCCGGCCAAAAACCUUCCUAAAACCUCACUUACAGUCUCUGGUGAGAUCUUACCGGAGAGAUUAAAUGUCGUCUUCCAGAAUUUUCCUAGUUGGAAAUUCCAUUUUCCGUCCCCACAAACCUUCCUUUCCUCUCUCUUUCAAUCGCUUCCCCUGUGUAUCUCUCCGCUUCAGAUGCUUCUCCAGUGACGCCGCCACCGCAGUAACAACCACCGUGGAUUCGGAUUCGCCGUCUCUUGCUCCUCAUCCAUGGCCAGAGUGGAUAACUUUCGUCGAUCGUUUAAAGACGAAAGGAUAUUUCACCAAAGACACUGAAGAUGAUACGGUUUAUCAGGAAAUGAAUCUAGUUAAAGAUGCUUGCCUCAGCUUCGCUCGUGAUCGUUACGACGUUCUCAGAUCUUUAUCAUCAGGAGAUGUACAAGCUCUUGUGGAGCGUGGAUGCCCUAAUCUCUUUAGAAAAACCGUGAAUUCAUCCAAAAGGAUUCGAGCUCAUGUUCGAUUAAACGAAGGAGAUGUUUGUGGUUCUUGUGAUCUUCGUAGCUCGUGUGAUAGAGCUUAUGUGAUACUUAAGGAUACAGAAGCUGAUGCUCGAACCGUUGAUGUUAUGCGUUUACUAUUGUUCAAUGCGCUUGAUUCGAUUGUUAUCUCUCGAGGUGAAAUUCCACCUGGUAAAGAACUUGUUCAUGAGUCUGCAAGAAGACUUCUUUUAGAGUUGGUUGAGUUCAGUGAGAAGCCUUUAAGCCCUGCCUUGCCAAAACCUUCUUCUAAGGAAUCUUUGCCUCCCAAGGAGAGGGUUUUUAAAUCGAGGAAUGAUGAUGAGCCUUCUCAGCGUGUGGCUUUUAAAUCGAGGAAUGAUGAGCCUUCUCAACGUGUGGCUUUUAGAUCGAGGAACGAUGAACCUUCUCAACGUGAUCGACCUCUUUACAGUGCAGAUUGGGCUUGUCCCAAAUGCGACUUUGUAAACUUUGCCAGAAAUGAAAGAUGCCGAGAGUGCAAUGAAGUCGCUGACAGACGACCUGUUGCUGCUGUUGUCAAGGAAGGUGACUGGCUAUGUCCUGAGUGCAGUUUCUUAAACUUUACAAGAAACCAGAGCUGUCUGAAAUGCAAAGCAAAGGGACCAAAGAAAACAUCAAUGGUGAAUGUUGUUGAAAUGAAAAAAGGAGACUGGAACUGCACUGGGUGUGGAUAUAUGAACUUUGCUAGCAACAAACAGUGUCGACAGUGCCGAGAACAACGUCACAAGACGCUAGCUGAGCCUGGAGAUUGGGAAUGCCCCUCAUGCGACUUUGUGAACUUUAGGAGAAACGAUGUUUGCAAGAAAUGCGAGUGCAAACGACCUAGCGAAUCCAAUAACGAUCAAGAAGACCAUACAUGGAAACGACCUGCCUUAGUGUAACUUAUGCUUUUGUACUUUCAAGAUU